AUGGCGGGGGACAUGGUGGUCGGGAUGCUCUACAACUUAUUGCUGCCGCUCAGCCUGCUAGCUGCAUCCUCGUUCCGUUACAAUGGACUGUCGGUGGUCUAUUUCCUGUUUCUGCUCACGUUGCCGCUGCUGCCCAACCCAAGUCUGCUCACAAUGAAAGGUAAAACUGGUCAGUUCCUACGCUGGAUAAUCUACACUUGUGUGACCUUUGUGACCCUGCAGUGCUUCAUGCAGAUCCCCUUUGCCUACAUCACUCCACAGGUGAGUGGCCACUGGGAGGAUUUCCUCUACCAUGUGGGCAUCGUGAGAUUCAGCUCCGUAGAUCCAGGGAAUAUUAUGCGCUUCCUGGCACCCGAUGUGGGCCUUCUCAUCUCCACCCUCUUCAUAGUAAGACUCUGUAAAAAGCUACUACGCGCCACGCCUCAAGUUAACCUCCACGAAAACGGGAUCCCACCCUCUGACCCUGAGGAGCCGGAGACGUCUGACACAGAGUCGGAGGGAGGGAGUGAGACCUCUGACAGCUCGGAUGAGAGCACGGUGCCAGUGCAGACAGGUCCACCUCAGUUUGUUCAAAAGCUGUUGAUGUUCGCAGCUGGACUGAGGCUGCUGUUAUCAGCUAUCAUGAACACAGCUGGAAAAGUGGUCGUCACCUUACUACUGGGAUUGGCAGGUAUAAUACUUCCGUCCAUCACCUCUGGUGUGUAUUUUGGGACCUUCCUGGGACUGGUGUGGUGGUGGGUAUUUGGUCGCUCCAUCAGUCUUCUCCUCUUCAGCUCCCUGUGUGUGAUGAUGGCCAUCUUCAGUGGUGGACACCUUUUAGCGCUUUACAUCUACCAGCUGCCCCUAUCCCAGCAGGUGGUGCCGCCUGAGGAUGUCUAUGCAAGGUUGUUUGGAAUGACGGGAGUGAUCCGAACCAACAGUUCUGAACCGUACAUGCUCCGUCUGCAGCCCAAUGUCAGCUGGCCUGAUUUCAUCAACCCUCUGGUUAUACUGCUGCUCUAUUACACGCUGGUGGCUCUGCUACACAAAUGGGUCCAAAUCACAGAGGAGGAUAAUAUUGAGGUUGAUGACAGGCUACUAUACACUCCAGAUGUAGAUGUUCCUCCAAGCUUCUCUAGAGUGGUGUACAUCUCAGGAGAUAAGAAUGAACUUUUGAACAGUACAGAGGAGGAAACGUAUCUACCAAAUGAGCCAAUGAUCUUAAUGCGGGCGAGUUCCUGGCAGGAUGUUUAUGCGGACGACCAAGGAAGCCUACUGGGGGGCGCCGGAUACACCAACUGUUACCCUCUCUCACAGUACGAUGGCAAAAAUUCACCAUCACAUGGAAGCCAAGGUGACAUGGAGAAGACUGACCAAGGCUUGGAGAGUCUGACAGAAACAUCUCCUCCUAAGUCAGGCCCAAGUGGUCUGGUCAUCUUUGGACGUCUGGCUCAAAAACAUAGCUAUGUCAGCGGCCUCAUCAUCAUGAUGGUGUGGAGUAUUACCUACAACAACUGGCUGACCUUUUCCCUGCUGGUGUGGUCAUGCAUCAUUUGGAUGAUGCGCGACCGCCGCCGUUACGCCAUGAUGUCUGCCCCCUUCCUGGCCGUGUAUGGCACAGUCCUGGUGGCGCUGGGCUUUGUGAGCGGGCUGCGUCUGAACCGAACCGAGCUGUACCCGGGCCUGCCCCCAGCUGUCAUAGAGGAUUUUGACCUGAACAGCUACCAUCCUGCACCCUGCAUCCACUUAGGAGCCAAGGUUUUUUACACCUUUAGUUUCUGGCUGAUGUUUCGUCAGCAGCUGAAGGAGAGACAAGAGGAGCUGAGCCUGAAGGGAAGAUCUCUCGAUGACGUCAAAGUUAUCCAACCAGAGGAAAAUCAGCCGUCGCCGGUUGUAGCCAUGCUGAUUUCAGGAGUGAAAGGGGUCCUGGUCAAGUACUGGAUCCUCUUCUGUUGCUCUAUGUUCUUUGUGGUCAGCUUCUCUGGAAAGGUGGUGGUCUACAAGAUUCUUUACAUUGUCCUCUUCCUGUCCUUCGUUGUCCUCUACCAGGUUCGUUUUGACCUGUGGCGUCGAUACCUGAAGACCUUCUGGGCGGUGGUGGUUGGCUACUCCAUGGUGGUGUUGAUCGCCAUCUACAUGUAUCAGUUCCGAAGCGUGUCGGCGCUCUUCCGCCAAAUCAUGGGCAUGUCUGAGGAAGGUCUACGGGAUCUGGGUUUGGAACGCUAUGACACGGUGGAGCUCUUUGCCCGGAUCCUGCUUCCUGCAGCGUUCCUGUUGGCUUGUAUUCUCCAGCUGCAUUACUUCAAUUCUGACUUCCUGACCCUCAGUAACAUUGAUGACGUUCCCAUCAGGGAGGCUACAAGAGAAGAAGAGCUUAGAAGUUCAGUCACCGUGGUAUCUGACAUUAUUAAAGAAAACAUUGAAAAGUUCAAAAGCAGACUGGUGAAGGAGAGUAUGGGCAGUGGAAAAAGUCAGGAGACUCUGGACAUCACUGAGUUGCAGACCUCAGAGGGCGGCAAUGAGGAGAAGGAAAAGGAGGAGGAAGAGGAGGAGGCCACGAGGGCAGAAGAAACUAUGACCAAUUGUGAGGACAAGUGGGUUGUGAUUGUGGACCGCGCCAGUCUCCUGCUCAUUCAGGCUCUGCUAGGCCUCCAGAGGCUACAGGAGCUCAGCUGGAGACUAAUGGAGCUCCAUGGCUUCAAAAUCGUUUCUUCUGGCAUCAUCUGGGUGUCACUGAGAGAGGUUUCUCUCAUGAACUCGCUCUUCCUGGUUCUGUGGGUGUUUGCCAUCCCGUUCCCACGGUUACGGCCCACGGCAUCCAGCGUGUCGGCUGUGUGGGCCUGUGUCAUGGUGGUGUGCAAGAUGUUUUACCAGCUGAAGGUCAUCAAACCACUAGACUACUCCUCCAACUGCACCGCUAGUAUGAUGUCAUCCAACUUCUCAGGCCUGGAUGUUGGUGUGGAGAUGAGGAAGAACAUGAUGGAGCUUCUGAAGAGGUCCAUCCUCUACAUGGAGCCCGUGGAUCCAGUCUACUGGUGUGGAGCGCUGCUCAAGUGUGAAGGGAGAAUCCUUCCCUGCCUCAGGAAUCAUCUCAUGGUUUUGGGUCUGCUGGUGUUUGAGGCAACAGUCCAUCGCCACCAGCUCUAUUUUCGUCUCCAUAACAAACUGAAGCCGCCGCCCUUUAGCAUCAUCUUCCACGGCAUCACCAGGCAGCAUCUGGACCACGGUAUCAGGCCCUGCGUCAAGUAUUUCAUCAACUUCUUCUUCUACAAAUUUGGACUGGAGGUUAGCUUAAUCGUGGCAGUCAAUGUGAUUGGUCAGAGGAUGGAUUUCUAUGCCUUGCUCCACUCCUGCGCUUUGAUGGCGGUUGUGUCGCGGCGCCGCAGGAAGGCAAUAGGGGAGGUGUGGCCAAAAUACUGCUGCUUCACGGCAGGACUCAUGGUGCUGCAAUACCUCCUCUGCAUUGGCAUACCUCCUGCUCUCUGUGUUGAUUACCCAUGGAGGACUGCAUUUGAACCUUUGAGCUCCAAUGUCAUCAAAUGGUUUUAUCUGCCUGAUUUCGCCAUGAGUCCCAAUCCUUCAUUCAUAUUUUACGACUACCUCCUGCUGCUGUGCUCCUCCUUGCAGUGGCAGGUGUUUGAGGAGGAGAACCGGGCGGCAGUACGACUGCUGGCUGGCGACAACGUGGAGAUCAGCCGCAGUCUUGAUCCCAGCUGCUGCAACCAGUUCAUACCUGUGGAUAACUUCCUUCACUGCAGGUCAUACCUUGACAUGGUUAAGGUGUUUGUGUUCAGCUACUUCUUCUGGUUGGUGCUGUGCCUCAUCUUCAUCACAGGCACCACGCGCAUCAAUAUCUUCUGCAUGGGCUACCUGGUGGCCUGCUUCUACUUCAUGCUGUUCGGAAGCAGCGUGCUGAUGCAGCCCGUCAAGUACAUCCUGCGCUUGUGGGAUUGGCUUAUCGGCUACACUUGCUUUGUGAUUGCCAUGAAGAACGUUGUGUCCCUUGGUUCCUGUGCCUACUUGGACAGCUUGUUGAAGAAUGGCUGCUGGUUAAUUCAGGCCUUCAGCAUGUUCUGCACCAUAAAAGGCUACGAUGUCCCCGAGCCGGAUGAGGAGUGCGAGCUGCCGGAGGGUGAGGCUGGCAUUGUGUGGGAUGCAAUCUGUUUCACCGUGCUUUUAGCACAGCGAAGAGUGUUCCUCAGCUACUACUUCCUGUACGUGGUGGCCGACCUCAAGUCAUCAAAGAUACUGGCCUCCAGGGGUGCAGAGCUGUUUGAGGCCAAGGUGAAAAAGCAGGUUGCAGCCCGGCUGGAAAUGGAGAAGAAGUCCGUGGAGACGCUGAAGAAACAAAUGGAGAAGAUCAAAUCCAAACAGAGGGGUCGGCCGAUGGCGUCGGACAAAGCAGGACUCCCUGUUGCUCAGAAGCCAGAGACACUGGAUACUGAAGAGAAGGCAAAGAGGGAUGCAGGAAAAUGGUGGAAGCCUUGGGUCUCGAGGCCUGGAGUGGAGAACAACUGCGGCUACCACCUGUUUGAGAGUGACAGCGAGGAAGAGGAGGAUGAGGCGCCAGAGAAAAAAGACGAGGAAGUGCCCCCAAAGAAGAAAUCUGCUUUCCAGCUGGCCUACGAGGCCUGGGUCACCAGCUCCAAAGCAGCUUUGAAGGACCUGAGUAGGGAGAAGAGGCGGAUGAAGAAGGAGGAGAAGAAGAGAGCCAAGAGAGAGCUUCAGACACAACAGAGUGUUGAUAGAGUCGACUCAAGUGAGGAUGACCUGGAUGAAAGCACCACGAGGGAGGAGGGUGAAGAAGAUAAAGAAAACAUUCUGCAGCGCCUCAUCAACACUCUGAAAUUCGGCAUCGUGUUCUUGCAGUCGCUUCUGGACGACCUGACUCAGGGCCUGAACUCGUUCUGCAAAGAUAAUUUGGAUAUUUCCAAGGUGUUGCUCCUUGAGAGAGCACUGCUUAGUCAGCAGCAAAAGAAGGGCAAAGAGGUCAGCCAGGAGAGCGUGAAGCAGUUUUAUGACAGCUGGCUGUCACGUCAGAACACGCUGUCAUCCCAGGGAGACAUAGAUGACACUCUGAGUCCACCUUCCCCACCACCUGUUGUGCCCUCUUCCCGCCACGCCUAUGCCAAGCUCAAGAACCAAGCCUCCAAGAUGUCCUGGGCCAGCAGUGUCUCCAGCUGUUUAACUGAGGAGACCAUGCUGGGGUCCAGGCAGCCGACCCAGGAGGAGCUGGAUGAGCCUCCUGUGAUGCCUGCUGCCGACCAUCUCAGAAGGAGGCUCCUGAAGUCUGCAAACAUUGACUGGACCUCCUGCGAAGCUGAUGAGCUCAGCCCAAGUAGCUGUGAGGCAAACAUGGAAGACUAUCAAGGCAACGUGGAGGAGGACAAAAUGAGACAUGAUGAAGAGGAGUAUGAUGAAAUGGAGCUACAACGUCAUCAGGAAGUUAAGGAGGAGGACCUGUAUGGAGAAUGCCUGCAAAGUGAGGAAGAUUACUGCAUAGAGUGCCCACAGUGCACCUCUCUGGGCUUCAGGGAGGACGCCACAGAAAUAAGCAUGGAUGACACCGGUUGUCCCAGACCUCUAAGUCAGGAAACAAGGAACCUCACUGCCAGCGAGUUGCUGCUCAACAAAAUGUUUGAGAACGACGAGAUCUCAGAGUCCGACAAGUUCUUUCUGACGCUGCCCAGGCCACUGAAGCUGAUCUUCGCCCUCUACAACACCAUGGUGUCGAAGUCGGAGAUGUUGUGCUACUUUGUCAUAAUCCUCAACCACAUCGUGUCGGCGUCGCUCCUCUCCCUCAUCCUGCCCAUCCUCAUCUUCCUCUGGGCCAUGCUGUCCGUCCCCCGGCCGACUAAACGCUUCUGGAUGACCGCCAUUAUCUACACAGAGCUGAAUGUGGUUGUGAAGUACUUCUUCCAGUUCGGCUUCUUCCCAUGGACCACUUCCGCCUACCGAGGGAUUAACGCUGAGCGGCCCUUUGCCCUGCCCAACAUCAUCGGCGUGGAGAAGAAGGACGGCUACGUCCUGUUUGACCUCAUUCAGUUGCUCGCUCUGUUCUUCCACCGCUCCAUUCUCAAGUGCCAUGGGCUGUGGGACAACAAGGAAGUGGAGAUGCCUGAUUUCUUCAAGAAGCUGAAGAAGAAAGCGGACAAGAAGAAAAUGAUGGGAGGAGAAAAAAUGAGUGACAGGGAGAAACAAGCCCGUCGACUCAGGUUCCUCCCUCUCCAGUCGUCCACCACCUCCAUCUUCAGUAGGCUGAAAAGAGGAGACUCUGCAGAAUCUGAUGGCAAGCCCAAGAGGCAGAACAACAAGAAAAAGAGCCGGCGUCGAAACAAGCCUCCUCUGACCAGGAAGCAGAGGAUCAGACAGCUGAUCAGAGAGAAGAUGCUGCGGGCUAAAACCACCAUCAUAGAAGUUGCCCUUCACAUCUACUUACCCAUAAGACAGUUUUUCUAUGACAUCAUCCACCCAGACUACAGCCCUGUGUGUGACGUCUACGCCCUCAUGUUUCUCAUUGACGUUGUCAACUUCAUCGUCACCAUAUACGGUUACUGGGCUUUUGGGAAAUACUCGGCGGCGGCAGACAUCACAGAGUCCUUGUCAGAGGACCAGGUCCCCGAGGCCUUCCUGGUCAUGCUGCUCAUCCAGUUCGGCACCAUGAUAGUGGACCGGGCCCUCUACUUAAAGAAGUCGCUGUUGGGAAAGUGUGUUUUCCAGGUGGUGCUGGUGUUCGGCAUUCACUUUUGGAUGUUCUUCAUCCUUCCCGGAGUCACUGAAAGGAGAUUCAACCGCAAUCCCGUGGCGCAGCUGUGGUACUUUGUCAAGUGUAUUUACUUCGGCCUGUCCGCAUACCAGAUCAAGUGUGGCUACCCCAACCGCAUCCUGGGAAACUUUCUCACUAAGAACUACAACUACCUCAACCUCUUCCUAUUCCAAGGAUUUCGCUUGGUCCCCUUCUUGACGGAGUUGAGGGCUGUGAUGGACUGGGUCUGGACCGACACCACUCUGUCCCUGUCCAGCUGGAUCUGUGUGGAAGACAUCUAUGCCAAUAUAUUCAUCCUUAAGUGCUGGAGGGAGUCUGAAAAAAAAUACCCCCACCCACCGGGACAGAAGAAGAAGAAGGUGGUAAAAUACGGCAUGGGAGGAUUCCUCAUCUUUGCCCUCAUCAGCAUCAUCUGGUUUCCGCUGCUUUUCAUGUCUCUCGUCCAAUCGGCAGCCGGCGUCACCAAUCAGCCAGUGGACGUCUCCAUCCAGCUCAGUAUUGCGGGAUAUGAGCCUCUAUUCACCAUGAGUGCCCAAGAGCAGAACUUGGUUUCCUACUCAGAAGCGGGAUUCAACAGACUCACCAAACUCUAUGCAACUUACCCGGGUGCCAUGCAGUUCAUUAUGAACUAUGAGGCUGAAGACAUCAUCGUUGCAAAGAUAAAGAGUGAUGCCAGUCUGCUGUGGAGCAUCAGCCCAGCCAGUCGGGAGGCCAUGAUCCAGGAGCUCAGCAGCUCCCCUCACUUAUACAUGACGCUACGCUGGACACUCCUCAGAAAUGCCUCCAUAUCAAUGAAUCCCGAGACGGUGGGAGAACACACGGUGAAGUUUGAGGACAAGGCGUUGAAGGAUGGAAUAGUACACAUGCUCAAAGGCGACAGCAGCAAUCAUGUGAUCAUCAACUCUUUGCUGCCAAAGUACCUCAGGGGUCCCAAGGGACCAGAGUCCAAAAUGGCCACCAGGAUGAACAUAGGCCAUACCGAGCGUCCAGAACUCCUGGCUUUCUUCAGACCCCUGUCAAUCAAACUCCAAAAGGUCAACGGCACUUCGGAGCGGGAGGCCGACCAGUGGUGGGUGGUGCAGGAGUGCUCACCGGCUCCCAUCAAACACGAGCACAAGUGUCACAGCAUUGAGAUGGUGGUCUUCAGUGACAAGGUCAGCCCCUCAAGUCUGGGCUUUCUGGCUGGACAUGGCAUCGUGGGCCUCUAUAUGUCCGUGGUGUUGGUCAUUGGAAAGUUUGUGCGGGAAUUCUUCAAUGGCAUCUCUCGCUCCAUCAUGUUCGAGGAGCUGCCGUGCGUAGACCGCGUACUCAAGCUAUGCACGGACAUCUUUGUGGUGCGCGAGACUGGCGAGAUGGAGCUGGAGGAGACACUCUUCGAGAAGCUCAUCUUUCUCUACAGGUCACCAGAGACCAUGAUCAAGAUGACCAGAGAGAAGAAGGACAGCUAGCUACAUGACACAAAGCUGUUUUCUUUUUCAGACAUGUCAACUGGACCUUAUGAAAGGCUUUCUUUUUCUUUAAACUUUUCCAG